AUGUACGACUAUAAGGCCUCUCCUGCACAAGAAUCGAUAAUUCGUCAUUCUGAGUCUUCAUCAGCAAAGGCCAUCCCAAGCUCACACCCUGAUGCCAGGCAACGAAGCCCGAGAUCUGUUGUCUUAAAGACUCCACCUUCUCCACUGGUGCCACGAUCGUCCCCAGUUCGCAACUCGAUGUCGGUUAGAAGCCUUGUGCAUCCUUCAAAUUCAGAUGGCAUUCUUCAUGGUGAUACACGAGCUUUUGGAUGCUUGCCUCCUUAA